GGCGGGCGGGCGGGCGAGCGCCAGUGGCAUUUGCUCCGGGUUCCUGAGAGACGCGCUCUUCAGCCAGGCUCUUGUGUGGCGCUGCUGUCUCCCCCCGCCCCGCCCCCCGGUUUGGUUGUAUCCGAGGGAGAUUCGGGUAUCGCCGACCGAACCUGCAUCUGCUGAAUGGUCCCAGGGUAGUCAUGAAUGAGGCCCCGGACCCCAGUGGCUCCGAGCAAUCAGAGAGAGAUGCCCGAAGCUCGGCUCAUUUUCCGGCGACUGCCGGUGGCGGUCCAGUUAGGGGGAUGCCUCAGACGCCCGGCCUGCCCCAACUCGUGCAAAAUGCUGCCAAACUUCUGGACAAGAACAUAUUUACUGUCAACACUGCAAAUCCACUGCUUCCUUCUUCUGCAAGUCUUCAGCUGGCUCAGCUUCAGGCACAGCUUACGCUACACAGACUAAAAUUGGCUCAGACAGCAGUCAACAACAACACAGCAGCUGCAACUGUCCUGAACCAGGUUCUUUCUAAAGUGGCCAUGUCUCAGCCACUUUUCAACCAAUUAAGACACCCUUCCAUGUUUAAUACCCUUCCAGGGCAUGCUGUAGGUCCUGGGGCCACCAAUACUAGAUUUCCACCUGGUGGAAUACAUUUUCCAACACAGAACCCAUCUUUGGCAGCCCAUGGUGGAACUCUGGGUUCAGUAAAUAACCUUCCAAAUCAAAAUGUCAGUACUGUAGUCCUAAACCCUUUUGGGGGUGUAAUUUCUCAAACAACUGGACAACAAGCUGUAUCUAUGGGUCUAAAUAAAACUAGUGCCUCCUCUACCACAGGUGGAUUUUAUGAUUACAAUAAACAGCUUUUUCCCUCUGAUGCUGGUCAAUGCUGUCAACAGAGCUUUGUAACCAGUGGUUCUCAUCCAGUCCCGGUGUCAUCUGGAAAUGGAAUAUCUGAAGGCCAACUGGGAUUUCAGAAAGAGUUUUAUGGAGCUGUCUCUAAAGGCCAGCAUACAACCUGUACACAGUCUUUGACAUUUGCUGCUGACUCUCAAAAUUCUCAUCAGAAUCAAAAAGAAAAGAUAGGUUCUAUAGUACACGAAAGAGAUACAAGCAAUCAAUGGGAAAAUCCUUCUACUUUCUCUAAUCAAAAUAAAACUGACAUUGUGCCCAAUACCAGCAUGUGGCCAUCAACAAAUGUCCCAUACGAAGUAAGGAGUGAUUUAUAUAACCCUGAAGAACCAACACCAGAUACAAAAUUUAGCACUGGUACUCCACAUUUUUUCAGCAGAACUAAAAAUGAUAAACAAAAUUACAGUAACUCACAAACAAGACAGAAACAGGAAUCUGUUACAUCUGGAUUGCCAGUGAGGCCUCUUCAGUCCCAUGGAUUAAACGACUUUAAUAGUAUUGUACCUCUUAGCUUUCCCCACGUUUGUACCUUAUGCAGUAAGAAGGUAUUUGACCUUAAGGACUGGGAUCAGCACAUUAAAGGAAAUCUUCAUAUUCAGAAUUGCUUGACUUUCUCAGAGAACACUGACAUUCAUUGUGUGUUGCAUUCAGCAGAAGGAGUAUUACAUUCUACCUCCCCAAAUAAUAAAAGUGUGUUCAAUCUGUCUGGUACUGAAGAUUACCCUUUAAAUGCUGAGUCAUACAAUUCUGCAUCUUCAUUUGGUCAAUCAAGUUCCACAUUCUCUUACCUACCACCUGGUGGAAAUGUGCUACAAAGGAAAUAUGUCCCAGGUCGUGUAGUACACAUCUGUAAUCUUCCUGAAGGAAGCUGUACAGAGAAUGAUGUAAUCAACCUUGGACUUCCCUUUGGAAAAGUCACCAAUUAUAUUCUCAUGAAAUCGACCAAUCAGGCUUUUUUAGAGAUGGCUUAUAUUGAAGCAGCUCAGGCUAUGGUAGAAUAUUAUAAAGAGAAACCUGCAAUGAUAAAUGAUGACAAGUUACUCAUAAGAAUGUCUAAAAGAUACAAAGAACUUCAACUAAAGAAACCAGGAAAGAAUGUGGCAGCAAUAAUCCAAAAUAUCCAUUCUCAAAGAGAAAGAGAUAUGUUGAGAGAAGCAGACAGAUAUGGACAGGAAAGGCCUCGUUCUCGCAGCCCCAUAAACUGUUCACUUUCUCCAAGAUCACGGACUCCAAGCUUCACUUCCUGUAGUUCCCCCCAUAGCCCAUUAAGCACAAACCGAACAGAGUGGGGAAAUGGAAGAGAGCCAAGGGAUCAGUUUCCUUAUUCUCAGAGAGAGGAAGAUAAAGAAGUACUUCUGUGGAGAGAGAAUGUGGAAGAGAAAAGAGAUUGGAGUGACAUGUGGACUCAUGAAAGAAAACAUCAUUUACGGCACCUGGACUUGAAAGAGCAUGUUGAAGCAACCCGAGGGCACAAAGAAAAAUAUUUAAGAGGGGGCUCACCCAAUGCAAAAGGGGCUUACCUUUUGCCUGCAUAUAAGAUGAGAGAAGAAGAUUGUUACAGAAAAUCCUCUAAGCAAAAGUCCUACAAAUAUCAAAAUCAAACACUGGAUGUUGCUUUGAAGGGCAAAAGAAAGGAAGAGAUAAGAUUGAGAGAACAUAAACAUUCUCAUUGUGAAGACACAGCUAAGGAGGAAAAAGCAGAACAAAAGUCCAUCAUGAUGCCUGACAGUAUCGGGCAAAAGCAAAGUGAUAAAGAGAAAUUAAAAGACAAUGCUAAAAAGGCAGACGACAUGACACCUGGUAUAGUCGAAAGAAAUAAUGUAAAGAAAAGAAAAGAAAAUGGAACUGAAAAUGAGAAUUGGGAGAGUGGAAGUGACAUGGAAGAGGAAACUUGGUAUCCAACCAAUAUGGAAGAGCUUGUAACUGUUGAUGAGGUAGGAGAGGAUGAUCUUAUUAUGGAACCCGAUAUAACUGAACUUGAAGAAAUAGUAACUGUAGGUCAGGAAGAAGAAGAAUGUUCCAUAAGGACUGCCUUAGCUGCUGGAUUGGAGGUAAAGAAUGAACACAGUUUAUUAAGUACAAAGGACGACAAAUCUAAUAUAUUGGAAACCACCAUAGAAGCAGAGAAAGAAAAUGCAGAUGUAAGUGGCUCUGAAGGUGAUAAUACAGUGACUAAAGCAACCCAUCUAAACUUUGAUACUGAAGAUAAGCCAGAUGAAUUUCAUGAAAAUAGAUCUGAAAAGGAUUCAGAUGACAGAAAAAUAGAUGAAAGUUCUAAUAUUCAGUUAAAGUUGGAGAAGCAGUACAUAUCUUCAGAUCCUCCAAAGGAAAAACCCUUCCAACAGACAGAUACACUUGUAAAUGAUUAUAAAGAGAUAGAAACUCUGGAAAACAGGAAUAAUGGAGAUAAGGAUAUCCUGGCAAAAAAAUCUCAAGAAGAAACAAACUGUGGAAGUGAAGAAAAGCCAAAGACUCAAACAAAUUGUAGGUACACAGAAAUAAAAACUCCUGAUUUCCCAGAAGUUGAAUCAAAAAAGUCGUAUUUUUCACCAUCGUGGGAACAAGAUGAUGUAUUUAUGGAGCUCAACAUUCCACUAGGUGUGGAAUUUGUUGUUCCCAGAACUGGCUAUUACUGCAAACUGUGUGGACUUUUUUACACAAAUGAAGAUGCAGCAAAAGUUCAUCAUUGUAGAAGUGCUGUUCACUAUAAAAAUCUGCAGAAAUACCUAUCACAGCUUGCAGAAGAGAAUCUGAAGAUGAAUGAAAAAGAAAACAGCUCAACCCAAGAUGAUACAGGGAUUGUCCCACACUUUGAGGAGAAAAAGCUAUGAUUUUUUAAAAUCAAAUUGGAAUCUUGCUGAUUUGUUUGCUGUUCUCAAUGAUGCACUAUGGUUUGCACUUUGCUAAAGAAAGUAAAUCAUAAUUAACUUUUUCUGGCAGCCAGACUGAGAGCACCAUUAAAAAUAUAAUCCCUGCAAUAUAAUAAAACACAAGUGACAUUUCUAUAAGUAGCAGCUCCAUCUCUCCAUAAUGGAUACUGUGCUCUUUAAAUCAGAAUUCUCAGGGAUUUUCUCUGUUACUUGUGUUACAACCUUAGUUGGUUGGUGAAUGAGGCUUUUCUGAAAAAGAAAUGAUCUGAAUGAAAACUUUUCAUUAGUAGUUUUGUUCAAUGAUCAUGCUCAGUAAUAUACUACAGCUUAAAUUACAUUACAGGUGGUCCUUGACCUACAACCAAUGGUGGGUUACUCUUACUGUCACUACCAGUAUGCUGAUCAUGCGCUCGUAUGUUCUGUUCAUGCAUGCGCCUGACUUGCACUAUGCGUCCGUGCGCAAUCCAUCGUCCCUGUGACAACUGAUUGUUGGGGCUCGCGCAGGUACUGCAUGCUGUGGACACGUGCAUUCUUUGCCGGUUGCCAUAAAACAGGUUUAGAGAGUGGGCAGGCAGGCGGGUGGGCCAAAAGAGCCACCGUACCAGUAUGAUCUCAGCUGCUCUGAGCCACUACCAGAAUGAUUCACUUAACUGCAGUGAUUCGGUUAACAGCCAUGACCAAAAAAGGUGUAAAAUCGGGCACGAAUCACUUGUUUAACAAUGGAUAUUCUAGUCCAAACUGUAGUUGUAUGUCAAGGACUACCAGUACAGUUAAGAUAUUAUGUUACUGCUGAUAAUACUAUUUCUUUUGGGCAAGGCUGUCCUUGUCAAGUAUAAGGCAGUUCAUGAUAUAUAUUUUCAAAGAGAGUUUUUAAUUUGUACUGAAAUGGACAGAAUUAAAGAAACCCUUCUAUUUUCAAUUUGUGAACAUACUGUAUGUAUAACUCUAAAUUUCUGUAAGUCUAGCAUACUAUGACACAUGUUUUCCCUGCUAGUCUUAUUUUCUACUUUCUUCCAUGUUUCUUAAAGCUAAUUUUUUUUAAAGCCAUUGUUUGCUAAAUCCUAAUAUAUUUGCACAGGAAUAUAUAAUAAUAGUACUUCUAUAUGAGAAGCUGUUCAAAAAUCUAUCUAUGCUGCUGUACGUGCCCUGAUGCGAUUGGCACAUACAUAAUACAUAUUUUUAAUUACUUCAGUAAUGAAACAUAUUUUAACAAAUCAAGCAUUCUGAUAUAAAUCAACUAAAUAUUACAGUCCUCAUUAGAAUUGUCUUAAAAUUUAUUGUUCAUAAAUUUUACAUUAAUUAUAUAGCUGCCCAGCACAUUAUGUGUGUGUGGAAAGUUGAUACAGAUUUCACUUAAUAGAGCACGUAUUUACUUGCUUGUGGAUAUAAUAACUGCUGGUAACUGCUAUCAUAAAAAGUUACUAUAAAAUAUACUACAUAAUGGUCCUGAACCAUUUUGCAAGUAUAAUUGUUCUAGACUAGAGCCUUGUUUAAGUGGUUCAACAAUUUAAAAAAAAUAUUUCCACCAUUUGCUACUUUUAAAGUUGUCCCAUUAUCCCAUGAAAUCUUUCUUUUGUAAUUAAAAAAAUCUUUAGUUUCAAGCUCUCCCAACCAAAAUCUGAUUGUAUUACCUGCUUCAAUGUCAUCCUUUUCUUAAUUGUAAGGCAGAGGAACCAAUAUUUUCAUUGUUUUUAUUUUUAAUAUGUCUGUGUCAUUAAAUAAUUCAUUAAAUAUCCACAUUCCUGUCUCAACUUUAAUAUAACAAGAGACGUAACAUAUUUCAGAAUCAUAAACUUAAGAAGUUUUGAAAUCCUAGCCUAUGGCUUGACUUUGUAAAAUAAAGGCAGGCAUAUUUUUAAAGCAUAUACCACAUUUCUUCUAUUUCAGUAAUAUUGGUCAGUUAAAACAUUUUAUCCCAAGUUUAAGUUUAAAACUAUCUAAGGCAGCUGACAAAAAUAUUAAAAUAGGGAAUAAUAACAAGGAAAACUAAUAUAUCUUUACUUCUGAUAUUACAGAAAAGGCACAGUUGAUCUGUAGGGGGAACAUAACUAUAUUUGUUAUUUUAACAUAGAUCCUAAUAAAAAUAAUCUCACAGACAAUGAAGAAUACAUAUUCCAGCAGCAGAAGACAGAAAGAUGUGGAAUUGCUUAUGCAACCAAAAUGGCAAUCUUGCUUUGGAAUUAUUUUGCUAAAAACCUGACAUUUUAAAACACUUGCUUUUCCCCCUGCCUUAUUCUUUAUGAUUGUAUUUAGAGGGCUGGGGGCAUGCACAAGGUAGCUUGAAGAAAAUCCAAAGACUUUAUUAUAAGUAUGUAAAACUUAUUUAUAAACAAUUGCAAAAUAUUUUAAAUAUUUUAAAAUCUUUAGGUCUUGCAGCACCUUACAUGUCAACCUAUUACUUUUUAUGGUUUCAUAUCACAUACCUUGCAUUUUAAAACUAAGGAAUCUAAGCCCUGAGGCAUAAACAAUUUUUUUAAUGACUGCAACUCAUAAAUAGUAUUAGGCUUUCAGGGUUUCUAUAUCAAGUUUGAUGUAUUGAUAAAUACUUGAACUGGACCAGAUAUUAUUAUUUAUUAAUCAUAUAGUCUUGUUUAAUUACUGGCUUGUAAACAUUUGAGAUGUGUCAGAAGUUUAAUCAGGA